AAAGCAUUCCCUCUCAGCCUUCAGUGUCAACAACCGCCCAUCCUGAAGACACGCUCACCACAACUGAGAGUGGGGAAACAGCUUGAGACCUAGCAUCAUUUAAACUUCCUCCACAGGCAGAAGAGCCAGAAGAGAAAAAUGAAGACAGGACAUUUUGAAAUGGUCACCAUACUGCUGGCACCUGUGAUUCUAAUGGACAUCUUCCAGGUAAAGGCUGAAAUGUUAGAUAUGGCAGAUAAUGCAUUUGAUGAUGAAUACCUGAAAUGCACAGACAGGAUGGAAAUCAAAUAUGUUCCCCAAUUGCUCAAGGAGGAAAAAGCAAGCCUCCAGCUCUUGGAAGAUGUGUGGGAAAAUGCAAAAGCCAAAUGGGAAACUCGGAAGACUCGGCUCUUUCUCCCUGUGGCUUUUAAGGAUAACCAUGGAAUAGCUCUGAUGGCAUAUAUUUCUGAAGCUCAAGAGCAAACUUCCUUUUAUCAUCUGUUCAAUGAAGCUGUGAAAAUGGCUGGCCAAUCUCGAAAAGAUUAUGUCUAUGGCUUCCAGUUCAAAGCUUUUCAUUUUUACCUGACAAAAGCCCUGCAGUUGCUGAGAUCUUGUGAGAAGAGUUACAAAAAUGUGGUGUAUAGCAUAAGCCAGAAUACUUCAUUUACAUUUGGAGGGCUAAACCAAGCCAGAUUGGGCCAUUUCACUUUGGCAUAUUCAGCCAAACCUCAAGCUGCUACUCACCAACACAUCCUGUUAACCAUCCGUACGUGCUUUGGAGUUGCCAUUGAAACAUUUUCUGAUAAAGAAAGUGAAACAAUUAUUUUAAUACCUCUGAAUGAGGUUUUUCAUGUGUCACAAGAUGAGACUGGCAAUAAUCUUAUCCUUCAAAGCACAAACAAGACCUGCAGCCAUUACGAGUGUGCGUUUCUAGGUGGACUGAAAACUGCAGAUUGUGUUGAGAACAUGGAAUAUUUUCAACCCAUCUAUGUCUACAACCCUGGGGAGAAAAACCAGAAGCUUGAAGAACCUGGAAUGAAAAGCCAGGAUUCCACUGUCUCGCCUGGUGUGAAGAGCCAAGAAGCCACCCAAAUACCUGGAAUGAAAAUUCCAGAACCUUUCUCAGUACCUGGAAUAAAAAGGUUGCAACCAGAUGAAAAACCUGGAGAGGACCGGGAGCUAUUCUGUGCACGUACAAGAAAAAGUGAAGAAAUACCAUGGGCACUAGCUCCAGCUCCAGGUCCAGGUCCCAAAACCCAUCACUUCGCAUCUUCUGGCAAAAUGCUCCUUCCAACAUUUGGAACAUUCAUUUUAGUCGGUGCCUCUACUAUAAAUCCCUUUACUGCGCUGUAGUCUGACACAUUCUUUAUUACCUGAAAUAUACUACCGGCCUCCCACAGAAAUCAUCAAAGGAAUGAUGUAUUUUUCACUUGUUGGCCAAAGUCAGUUGACAAAAUAAGAACUGCGUAUUUGUUAUUCACCUCACAAGUUCGGGUAAUUGAUCAAUAUCUCAUAGAAUUGUUUUUACUUAUUUCUGUAUUAAUCUUAUUGCAAAAAUAAAAAUUACACUUUUAAUUCAGUAAAAGACUAAAAUUACUAGAAUUUCAGUAGAAUUGCCAGAUAUUAAAAUGUAAAGUUAGUAGAGUUUAAGAUGAGUUUAAUUCCUGAAUUAGAAUUUUAAAUGUGUUGUACUCAUCUUUAAAAGAUCAAACUUUGACUUCAAAUAGUGUAUUCAGUCUCUGCUUUCUCUCGUCAAUAAAUGAACACUUUAUAUUUC